AUGGCUUGUUGUGUGGCAGUUUUAAUAAAAGAAAAUUUAAUAUAUCUUCGUCGAUCAGCAGAAGAGCUUAAAUUUCUUUUUCUUAUUCAUGCUUCAAUUGAUAUACUUGAUGAUAAAGUUAAUCAAUUAACUAAACCUACAAGUGAUCGAGAUGCACGAGAUUUUUAUCUUGGUCUUCUCUAUCCAGUUGAAGAAUAUAAAAUUUAUGGAUAUGUUUCAUCAACACGUGUUAAAUUUAUAUUAAUUUUUGAACAUUCAACGUCAAUAUCACUUAAAGAUCAAGAUAUAAAAUUACUUUUUCAACGUUUACAUCAAGCAUAUAUUGAUUCUGUAUCAAAUCCAUUUUAUGUACCCAAUACACAAUUAAAAUCGAAACGUUUCGAACAAGUUGUUACAAGUUUAAUGAUACAAAAUGAUUCAACAACAUUACCACAACAAUCAUCAUCAGUAGUGCCAGCAACAUCAGUUUCAAUUCCUACAACAACAUAA